AUAUAUAUAUAUAUAUUUUUUUUUUCUAAUGUUUAUCUUAGGGAUGGAACCAUGGAAAAAAAGCGAAAAAAAUGGAGAACAAGGAUCAGAAAUACAAUUACCGUGUAUUUUAAAAAGUCCAAAAUGUGGUGGACUUCACAGUAUUAAGUGGUACAGAGGUAGCCAGAGAAUACUCAUAUUCAGUGAAAGUGCUGGGAUAACACGUGGAAAUAAUGAUAUUGCAGCAAGAUCAACAAUGAAUUACAAUCAAAAUGCUACGAAAACAUAUCUCAAAAUAUCAGAUUUAAAACUAGAAGAUGAAGGUUUAUACAAAUGUGAAGCUACGUAUUUAGCUGUUAAUAGGGAGUGUAAUAAUGUACAACAUAUAACUCUCAAUACCACUGUACGUCCUAAAUUUUUACGGAUUACAGAAGAAGAUGAUAAUACAAAUUUAACUUCAGGGACUAUUUUAGGGCCAAUUAAUGAAGGUACAUUAAUGACUUUAAAUUGUGAAAGCGAUCAAGGAAAACCUGUACCAACUGUGGAAUGGUAUAAAGGCGAUAAGAGACUUAAAGUAGUAGUAGUAAAAAGCAUUCACAGCAGCAUUUAA